AUGUCUCGUCGUGGUGUUGGGCUGGGUGCCUUUGCCAACCGAACUCAGGCAACUCAAUCCUAUGCCACCCAUGGCGCCAACCUUCGUUCCACCCAUCUGUCCUCGCUCCAAACCCAGCUCUCGGUCUUCCAAUCGUUGCUCCAUACCUUUGCCCUAGAGCACAGUUCAACAAUCAAGUCCAACCCAACGUUUCGCGCUGAAUUCGCGCGCAUGUGUAAUACUAUAGGCGUGGAUCCACUAGCCGCCAGCAAUGUUAAGGGCAAGAAUAGUCGCCGAGGAUUAGGAGAGGGAGGCAGCUUCUGGACCCAGAUUAUGGGCGGGGAUAUGAAUGACUUCUAUUUCGAAGUUGCUGUGCGAGUUGUGGAACUUUGCCGGGAGACACGAGCUGAGAAUGGUGGACUUAUUGGCGUCGAAGAAUGUCGGAACCGGGUAGGUGUACCUGCCGAGCGCUACGGGUCACUAACAAUACUCUGCUCUUAUAGAGAUGAUAUCCUUCGGGCCGUUCGUUCCCUUGAACCUUUAGCGUCGGGCUUCUCUAUUGUCCGCGUUGGAUCUAAACAAUAUAUUCGAUCAAUUCCGAAGGAGUUAAAUACUGAUCAGGCCACGGUACUUGAAGCUAUUCAGGUCCUGGGCUUUGUCAGCGUUUCAAUGCUGCGACUUAAUCUCACGUGGGAAAAGGCUCGCGCACAAACUGUGAUUGACGAUCUUGUGGCGGAUGGUCUCGUUUGGGUGGAUGCCCAGGGACCGGAGAAAGAGUACUGGUCGCCGCAGAACCUCUUGGAUGACAGUGGAUGA